AAAAACCUGUGUUCCUGCCCCUCUUCCUCUUGAGCCGUUUCCUCUGCCAGGGCAGGUGCUGUUAUGUCCCCUUUACUCCCUGCCCUCCUUUUUUCACUUGGUGAGAACUUACACAAUGUACCUGCCCACACAAAGUGUCACUAGAAGGAAGGAAAAGGGUAGUAGGAUUUGUGUUCCUGUCUGGAGGUAGGAUUGGUCUUAUAGCUAUUCCAGGUAUGUCCAUGAGUUUACCUAGGAAUGGGGCAGCUGCCUGGGUGGAGAGGGAUUUUUCUAGUUAUACAUUUACAUUCCUUUAUCUGUCACUGGGCGUAAUUAUAAAUUUGUGUCUGUGUGUGAACAUGUUAAUCCUUGUAUGACUGUGUGUUGGCAUUAGUGACACAAACCUUUAAUCUUGCUAUUUGGUCCCUGGGUAUAUGGCUGUGGGUGCUUUGUCACUAUCGCCAUAUCUGCUGUGUGCUGUGUUGGUAUAUAUACGUGCAGUACCUACCGGUGUCAGUGUAACCAAGUAGUUAGGAACACAGGCAGCUUAGAUUUAACCUAGAAACUGCUGUUUAGGAGCUGUAUGACCUCAGGUGGCCAGAAUGGAGUUGUGGCCAGGGGUAUGGAUGCUGCUGUUCUUCCUGCUGUUGCUCUUCCUGCUGCCCACCCUGUGGUUCUGCAGCCCCAGUGCCAAGUACUUCUUCAAGAUGGCCUUCUACAAUGGCUGGAUCCUCUUCCUGGCUGUGCUGGCCAUCCCUGUGUGUGCCGUGCGAGGACGCAACGUCGAGAACAUGAAGAUCUUGCGUCUAAUGCUGCUCCACAUCAAAUACCUGUACGGGAUCCGAGUGGAGGUGCGAGGGGCUCACCACUUCCCUCCCUCGCAGCCCUAUGUUGUUGUCUCCAACCACCAGAGCUCUCUCGACCUGCUUGGGAUGAUGGAAGUACUGCCAGGCCGCUGUGUGCCCAUUGCCAAGCGUGAGCUACUGUGGGCUGGCUCUGCUGGGCUGGCCUGCUGGUUGGCAGGAGUCAUCUUCAUCGACCGGAAGCGCACGGGGGAUGCCAUCAGUGUCAUGUCUGAGGUCGCCCAGACCCUGCUCACCCAGGACGUGAGGGUCUGGGUAUUUCCUGAGGGAACAAGAAACCACAACGGCUCCAUGCUGCCCUUCAAACGUGGCGCCUUCCAUCUUGCAGUACAGGCCCAGGUUCCCAUUGUCCCCAUAGUCAUGUCCUCCUACCAAGACUUCUACUGCAAGAAGGAGCGCCGCUUCACCUCGGGACGAUGUCAGGUGCGGGUGCUGCCCCCAGUGCCCACAGAAGGGCUGACACCAGAUGACGUCCCAGCUCUGGCUGACAGAGUCCGGCACUCCAUGCUCACUGUUUUCCGGGAAAUCUCCACUGAUGGCAGGGGUGGUGGUGACUAUCUGAAGAAGCCUGGGGGGGUGGGUGAACCCCGGCUCUGAGCUUUCCUCCCAACUGUCCCCAUUUUCUUACCCACGCCUACCUACCCAGUGGGCCCUGAAGCAGGGCCAAGCCCUCUUCCUUGUCUCCCCUCUCCCCACUUAUUCUCCUCUUUGGAAUCUUCAACUUCUGAAGCAAAUGUGGAUACAGUGCCACUCCUGCCCCCUCUUGGCCCCACCCAUGGACUCUUGCCUCGGUGCAGUCUCCACUCUGACCCCCACCUCCUGCCAUCUUCUCUGUGGCACAGUUGCCUCCCCCUCAUCCACAGUGGCUCAGCCUACACAAGGGUGGGGAACAUUCCAUCCCCAGUGGAGUCUCUUCCUUUGUGGUCUUCUCUUCCUUUCCACCCCACAUUGGCCAGUGGACUCAUCCAUUCUGUGGAACAAUUCUCCCCCACUCCAAAGUCCAUGGAUUCAAUGGACACAUCCGUUUAUGAGGAGGACUUCUCGCCCUGUGACUAGAAGCCAAUACCUGGAACACUCCUCCCAGGCUCAACCUGGGAGUUUCCUCAGCACCUUCACCUUCCCUCCCAGUGGAGCCUCCUGUCAGUGGGGGCUGGACUCUUCUAAUUCAGAGGUCUCAUGCCUGCCCUUGCCCAGAUGCCCAGGGUCAUGCACACUCCAGGAUACCAGUUCGGUCUCCACAUUUCUGCUUUUCUCUAUCCCCAUGGUACCAUUCUUCAAUGGUCCUGACCCCACCCAACCCCCUGCAGCCCUGCUGCACCAUCUCACCAGACACAAGGGGAAGAGGCAGACAUCAGGUGCUGCGCUCACUUCUGCUCCCUGGGAAGUUGGGGAAAGGAACUGAACCCUGGCUGGAGAGGAUAGGAGGGCUUUUAAUUUAUUUCUUUUUCUGUUGAGGCUUCCCCCUCUCUGAGCCAGUUUUCAUUUCUUUCUGGUGGCAUUAACCACUCCCUCCCUCUCACUCCAGACCUGUUCCCACAACUGGGGAGGUAGGCUGGGAGCAAAAGGAGAGGGUGGGACUCAGUUUUGCGUGGAUGGUUUUUAUUAUCUGGAUAACAGCAAAAAACUGAAAAUAAAGAGAGAGAGAGA